CCCACAGAUUUUUUUCAGCUGAACUUUAAGAGCAACAAAGCUGCUGUGAGCCUUCGGAAACCUUCUCUGUAAACUGGGACGAUGAUGUGUGGCGUUUUUAUUUUUCCUGGAGUCUGAGGAGUUUUCCUUCCCAGCAGCAGCCACCUUCUCUUUAGAGGAUGCCUGUGUUGAACAGAUUUUUCAACGUGUUGGACAUGGGUAGACCGUGGGGAGCUGAAGAAGACCUGAUUCCCUUGUCCGUGGGCAGCCAGCCCUUCCGUCAGCCGGGGAUCCUAGCUUGGGAGCUACCUGAGAUGUUAAAAAUGGUGCAGCUAAUUUGGAAAUCAAAAAAUGAUCUCUGCAGAACAAAGCAGAAAGGAAUUCUGGAAAAUGAAGAUGCGCCAAAUAGUUUAUCAGGAGAUGCACGGCUGAGAGGUCAGACAGGCGUUCUCUCUGAGCGACGUGGUUCCUACCCAUUUAUAGACUUCCGUCUUCUCAACAAUACCAUUUACUCAGGGGAAAUUGGCACAAAGAAAAAGGUGAAGAGACUGUUAAGCUUUCAGAGAUAUUUCCAUGCAUCCAGGCUCUUGCGUGGGAUCGUACCACAAACUUCACUGUAUUUGCUGGAUGAAGACUAUCUGGGUCAAGCAAGGCACAUGCUAUCCAAAGUGGAAAUGUGGGAUUUUGACAUUUUCUUGUUUGACCGCUUGACAAAUGGAAACAGCCUAGUCACCUUGCUGGGCCACCUCUUCAGUGUACAUGGGCUUAUCCAUCAUUUCCAGUUAGACAUGGUUACAUUACACAGAUUCCUAGUUAUGGUGCAAGAAGAUUAUCAUAGCCAAAACCCGUACCACAAUGCCGUCCAUGCUGCUGAUGUCACACAAGCUUUGCACUGCUACCUAAAGGAGCCCAAGCUUGCUAACUUCCUUACACCUCUGGACAUUAUGCUGGGACUACUGGCUGCUGCAGCGCAUGAUGUAGACCAUCCAGGAGUCAACCAACCUUUUUUGAUAAAAACCAAACACCAUCUUGCCAGUUUAUACCAGAAUGUCUCUGUAUUAGAAAACCAUCACUGGAAGUCCACAGUAGGCAUGCUUCGAGAAUCCAGACUACUCGCACAUCUGCCAAAGGAAGAGAGGCAUGAUAUUGAACAACAGCUGGGAUCUUUGAUCUUAGCAACAGACAUCAAUAGGCAGAAUGAAUUUCUGACUCGUUUGAAAGCUCAUCUCAAAAAUCAGGAUCUAAGAUUAGAAGAUGCACCAGAUAGGCAUUUUAUGCUUCAGAUUGCACUCAAGUGUGCAGACAUCUGCAAUCCUUGCCGGCUCUGGGAGAUGAGCAAACAGUGGAGUGAACGAGUUUGUGAGGAAUUCUAUAGGCAAGGUGACCUGGAGCAGAAAUUUGACCUGGAAAUAAGUCCUCUUUGUAAUCAGCAGAAAGACACAAUCCCUAGUAUACAAAUUGGCUUCAUGACCUACAUUGUGGAGCCACUCUUUGAAGAAUGGGCCAACUUUAUCGGGAACACCCCCUUGUCAGAAAACAUGCAAAAUCACCUACGGAGGAAUAAGGUGAAGUGGAGGAAUUUACUUCCCAAACAACACAGCAGUAGCAGGAACACUGUCCACUCGGGCCAAGGGACUGAAAGUGAAGAACAGACUUCAAAUGAAGGAGAGACCCCAUAGUGGCAGCUUAGCUCUUUGCACUGUCGUGCCACCGUCUUUCACAACUGUGAA